AUGACCGACCUCACGCCCACGCUCAAUCAACUCCUCUCCGCCAAGAAUGGCCCCCAGAUUCCCGCCUCCCGCCCGUCCCCCGAUAUCGCCGACGAGUUUCUAAAAGAGGCAUAUCGCAUCAACUCGCACAUCAGCUCCCUCGUAAAAUACCUCCAAAGCAUCCGUCACGCCUACCUAAGCACCACCCCGCAACGGCGCGCUCAACACCCAAAUCGCGAGCACCAACCCUCCCAAAGCCACCUCACCGACCCAGAACGCGACUCCAUCGACUCCUCAUCCGCGCUCCUCCUCCGCGACCUCGCAGCCUCGAUCUCAAACCUCUCCUCCGCCGAAUCCCUCCGCCAAUCCACCGAAUCGCAGGUCCUGCGCAAGAAAUACGGACACAGCGCCGCGGGCGAACUCCUCUGGCGCUGGGCUGGCGGUGCAGGGAUCGGCGAAGAAGACAAAGGUAAAUCCGAGGAACAGGUUUCAGCGGAGGAGCGCGCGAAGAUAAUGGCGACUGUGCGCUCGGGCGUGCUUUGGUUCUUGCGGACGGGGUUAGAGGGCGCGGCGAGUGUGCAGCGGGAGAUGGUUGAGAAGAGAAUUGAGCGGGUUCGAGAAAGAGAGAAGAGUGUUUUGUAUAAGAAUGCAGGGUCCCAGGCUAAAGUGUCGGCUUCGAAUGCUGGGGACCAGUUUGGGGCUCAGAAGACGAGCUCUGCUUUCUCGACGCCCGACGCGGUGGCUUUGAGUGAGGCCGAUUCGAGACAGAUCGAGGCGCAGCUUUCGCCGGAACAGUUGCAGCUUUUCGCGGAGGAGAAUGAUUCCAUGCUUAGACAUUAUCAGGAUACGCUUGGGAAAGUACAGAACGCUGAGAAAUCACUCAUUGAGAUCUCGUCGCUGCAGGAGACUCUCGUUACACAUCUGGCUACGCAAGAGGAAUAUAUCUCACAGCUUGUUAGUGAUGUUGAUACGACUCAGACGAAUGUGGGACGGGGCAAUCGCGAGCUCAAACGAGCGACGGAGCGCAAGAGUACGGCACAGGCGGUGUUCUGGGGAACGGUGGGAUUGUGUACGACGCUUGUGGUGUGGGAUUUGAUCUUUUGA